UUUGCUAGAUUUCAGCUUUAGUACAAUACAAUUAGUCAAUUACAAUUACGUUGUUUUAAUUGUGUGUGAAACGUAAUAAGUAUAUCGUUAUCAACUACUUAUAUAAUAGUUUAUUUCAUUUACAACAGACGGAACUAAUCGGCAAAGUUCCUUGAAUUAUGGAGGAUCUAAAAAACGUUUUUAUUUCGCCGCUUCCGGAUUCGCCUUACGUGAAGCCUUUUAGAUUCAAUUAUACGCAAAAUGGUAAAGAGAAAACUUGGGAUCUAUUGGAGGUUCACGACAGCGUCGCCAUCGUAGUCUUUAAUGUGUCUAGAAAGGUUAUGAUUUUUGUGAAGCAAUUUCGUCCAGCAAUUUACUACAAUUGCAUUCACCCUGACGACAGGGAAUCAAAGGUUAUAGAUACAGAGAAGUAUCCAGCAUCAUUAGGUAUUGCCUUAGAGAUGUGUGCAGGUAUCGUUGAUAAAAACAAGCCGGUGGAACAGAUCGCUCAAGAAGAGGUUUUAGAGGAGUGUGGCUACAACGUCUCUCUUGAUCAAUUGCACAAAAUUACUUCUUACAGGUCCGGUGUGGGUGUUCAAGGAUCCCUGCAAACAUUCUUUUAUUGUGAAGUAACUGAUGAUAUGAAGACUGAACAAGGUGGCGGCGUGGACGAUGAAAUAAUAGACGUUGUUGAAAAAACAAUUCCAGAAAUAGAGGAAAUGGUAAAUUCUCCAGGGCCUAUACCCAGUCCGCCGAGUUGCCUCUUUGCCCUGAUGUGGUUCUUACAUUACAAAGCAGAUAAAUUCAGAAAGUAGGUGCAAGUAACUUGCUCAUAGAUAAAAUUAUUUAUCACAAUAAA